CCGAGUGAACAUCAAGUCCGAUGAGGCUGCGGUCGCAGAUGCGCGGCCCAGCUGGUGCUACGCGCUCGACGGCAGUUUGGUCUCUACGGCCAUGAGACAAUGUGCCUCAGCGUCACUCUCUCACACUUCGAGAUGGCAGCUGCCUGAUAUACGUCACGUUGCAGCCAGGCGUGAUGUUAACAUGCGUGGGGAGUGAAGUGGACCCCUAGCUGCGAGUUUGUGAAUGAGCAUGACAAGCGUACAUUGCCGGCACGGAUACAUCCGAUGGAAGGCGCCGUGUGGAUUGUGAGGAUUUGGACGGGGCAGUGGCCUUGGCUCGUACUUCACCUUUGAGGAGAUACAGACACCUGCGAACAUAGCCGGGCGAUGAUGUGCCGCGCGUGCGCCGUGUUCCUGGUCAUGCUGUUCUUGCUGCGAGGCUUCUGCUGUGCCGUGACCAUCCGACGCCUGAUCGUACCGCGCUGGGUGCAGAACGGAACCGAGACACCCGCGGUGCUGGACUGCGACUACGUGUACAACGAGAACGACUUGAAGCUGGUGGUCAAGUGGUUCUUCAACGACGGACCCGAGCCCGUGUACCAGUGGAUACCCGAGAUGAGACUCCGGGAAGCGUUCGGUGUGCUUCAGGGUCGCCUGGAUGACGCGUUUUCCGUCAACUCGCGCGACGCCUACUCCCAGUAUCGCGCCAUCCGCAUCCUGAGACCCACGUGGGAACUCAGCGGCAAGUACACCUGCGUGGUAACUUCGCUGGCUGGCCAGGACGUCCGCCAUCAGGACAUGACCAUCUUCGUGCCCACCAAGUCGUUUUCCUUCAACUACAGCAGCUCGACUCCUGGCUCUGCUCAUCAGUCCCGGUCACAUUCUGUGGUGAACGCCUUAAGACUGCUGUGCGUGGCGCGGGGCACCUACCCGAGGCCAGAACUGAGCCUGUUUCUGAUCAAGGGAGCCAAGAGGAGGUCGGCAGACGAAGCGGGUUUUCGAACUUUCACGACAACCACAGUCGAACAGGGGCUGUUCGACGUGGUCCUGCAUGCCGACAUGCCAGACAGCCAGCUUUCUUCGCUGGCUGAUCUCUUUGAGUGCAUACUGGAAAUUCCGCACAGCAACUACGCGCUGACACGCAGGAUGAGCAUCGCGCAUGAACUCACGUGGGGAGCUUAUGGUUCUCCCGGAGCAUCGUGCGUGCCGAUCCUGUCACUGUACUUCGUUGCCUUGGCCUUAAGCAUCUAUAUUGUUUACACGCCACAUAGAAACGGUGGUAAUGAGGACAAGCAUCACAUCAUCGAGGACUUCCUAAAGAAACAGGACGACACGUAGUGAGCAUUGUUGCAACGUGUGACAGUCCGUAACUGAGUGUUUGUCACGCAUAGUGAAGGCAAGGUUCGAAGACAAGGUGCCCGUUUGAGAUGAACAAAAUCAACGCCAACGUGGUGUGAACGUGCACAAGCACCCGACAGCGCCAAGGAGACACCACUGUGGGGAUGUUUGACAGAGCGGUGCCAACGAAGUGCCACCGAUUCAAGUUGCUGCAUGUGACCCUCGUAGCAGUCUUCACACUCGUCCAGUGGUGACUGCCCGCUCAUUUUUUUCUCUCCGAUGAAACAAAGGCAUGUGCCAAGAUGUGUUUCGACGCCCUGUGAGAAAGUACUUCCUUGUUCUACAACUUGUUGUACUCUGGUGCGGUUUUGCUAACGCUUAAAUGACCUCGGAUGAGUCCGCACCGCGAAGGAUGUAUUGUGUGGAUUUAUUUACAGAAACUGUCACGAUACGCCAUUCGUAAGAGUCAUGGUCGAAGUGUUUCACCUGCGUCGAGAUCCAGCUACGAUGGGCAUUGCAUGCUUGUUGCUGUGAAAAUAAAACUGAAGAUUUGAAAGCUGCUGU